GUUCAACUUUUACACACAUUUAAAUUUUUACUUUUUAUUUGCAUUUCAAUUUUAAAUAUCAGCUGAUGUCGCAGUUAUUUCUGGCGCAAUGCCGCUCUCUUCUUCUCGACCAACUGUCACUUUUCUGCUCACGCUUUCUACUGCUUUGCAAUGUUUUUCCCACAUUGUUGUUGUUAUUGCAAUUCCGUGUAAAUUCGCCAAUGCGAAAUUGGUUUAGAACGCGUCGGUGUCGGAAGGUGGUUCCAUUUAGAAAUUCUUGUGCCAAAGUGAUUAAAAAUAAUUAAUUAUAUUAAAAAUUAAUAAAACUACAAUAAAUUAAAAAAACUUAUGUGUAAUUAAAGUGUGAUAGAUCCAAAAUAUGCUGCAAGCUUCAACUGCUGCAAAAAGCCGGUUUCAAUUAAAGCAUAUUCAACGAAAGUGCAAAACGUAAAACAAAACAAAAUGUCAAAAUCUGUUCAAAGCGACCCCUAUGUGUCAAUAAAUGUAUUUGAUGAAAAACAUGAGUUGUUCAACAGACUGCAGACACUACAAGAAUUUUAUUGCAAUGAAUUUGGUUCAAAACCCAACUUUUUUGUUCGUGUGCCGGGACGUGUUAAUAUCAUAGGCGAGCAUGUGGACUAUUGUGGCUAUCCAGUACUACCAAUGGCUAUAGAUCAGUGCAUUUUAUUGGCUGUUGGAUAUACAGAGGAAAAUAGUUUUUUACAGUUGAGAAAUUUACAAAGUUCCAAAUUUCCAAACUACAAAUGUGAUUUGCAAUCCAUUAAAAUCGAACUACCUGAAGCGGGUGGUCCAGAAUGGUUUAAAUAUUAUUUGUGUGGCGUCAAAGGCAUAUAUGAAAAUAACAACGAAACCCUAAAACCCAUUGGUAUGAAAAUUGCUUUAAGUGGUAAUAUACCACCAGCUUCGGGCUUAUCAAGUUCAAGUGCUCUAGUCAGUGCAGCAGCCUUGGCUACCGCUCAUGUGCAUCGUUUACCAUUAGAACGGAAAAUACUAGCUUCCAUAUCAGCCCAAUGUGAACGUUAUAUAGGUACACAAGGUGGUGGUAUGGAUCAAGCAAUUGCUUAUUUAGCUCAAGCAGGUUGUGCACAAUUUAUCGAAUUUCAUCCCGAACUAAAUGCAACACCUAUUUGCCUACCAGAGGGUGCAUGUUUUGUGGUAGCGAAUAGUUUGGCAGAAAUCAAUAAAGCUGCUUCAUCCGAUUUCAAUGAGCGAGUUGUGGAGUGCCGACUUAGUACGCGUCUAAUUGCCAAGAAUAUGAACUUCAGUAAUUGGAGCGACUUAAUACGAUUCGCACAGUUGCAAGAAAUGUUAAGUUGUACACUCACUGAAUUGGAAGCAAUUACUAACAAGUAUUUACCAAAAAAUAUUUAUACACGUGAAGAAAUUUGUGAGGAAUUAGAUAUCUCUAUUGAUGAAUUUGUAAACAAGUUCCUAACGCCCAAUACGCGGCAUAUGCCGAAGUUCAAAUUGAGACAACGUGCACUACAUGUAAUACAAGAAUCACUGCGAGUUGCCAGGUUCCGCGCUAUUUGCGAGCAGACAAAUGAGGCUAAUGGUACACAGCAUCUUAACAAUGGCAACUUGACUAACGUUUGUGUCACAAAUGAUGGUGCGUGCAUGCAGCACCUAAAGAAACUAGCAAUCUUAUCAGAAUUGAUGCGUAAGUCGCAUCAUAGUUUACAAGACUUGUAUGAAUGCUCACAUCCCGAUUUAGAUCAAUUGGUGGCCAUAUCCGAUGCAGCGAAUGUUGGUGCACGACUUACUGGCGCAGGUUGGGGUGGUUGUAUUGUUGCGUUAUGUGAUUCUGUGGAGGCAUGCGAGAAAUAUAUGCGUGAAUUAAAGAAUAAAUACUAUCUGCAGUUGCCAUCCCACAUUUUAGAGAUGCAUCAGCACAAUGAUUUUAAUGAUGUUGUCUUCGCCACGUUUCCGCGUAGUGGUGCUGAAAUACUGCAUAUUUCGGAUGAAAUAAAUAAAUAGUAUUAUGAAUCGAUUUCUAUAAGCAGACAGGUGCAGUAUUUUAAUAGCAAAUUCCUUUUAUCCCUAG